AUGUCCGCACGGACGAUUUUUAUCAAUUCCGUCUCCUGGUGGCUGAUUUGCUUCACUCCUGAAAAUGCAUUUGAAAAACUUUGCUCCAACAAAAUUUCGCUUUUUAUCCUGGCGUUUUUCAAAGAACUGUUCCGGGCGAAGAAAGUUCUUUAUGCGGCGGAAAUUGGUUUCGUCGUCUAUAAUGGAAACUUGCUGCUCUCCAUCCUCCUUGGCCUCGUCGGUGCUAUGGGUUGUGAAUUCAUCCUCAAUCUCGGAUCGAGCCUUUCUUCCGCCCAAGAAAAGCAAAUCGAAAAACUGACACCAAGCGAUUUUACGAAAAUGGCCUUUUUCUUUUCUUCACUUCAUGUUUUCGCCCUCUCAGGCUGCGAAAUUGCUCCAGGAAAAAAUAUGAUCAUCACUUGCCAAGCACUGCUUAUGUUUGCGCUCGCUUUUCUGUCGAAGAUUGGUAAACCUGUUUCUGUUUUUGAUCGACUGGAUUCGCUGAUGAUGAGAAUUCUGACUUUCGGAGCUGAUAAUAAAGAAAAACAAGAAUGA